ACACUGAUUCAUUCAGACACGCCACAGACAAGUGUUGGUUGAAGAAAAAGGCAACGGAUUUUUCUGAUGUGGUUCCAGAUUUGGAUAUAUUUUCGUUGAAAAUAGACAAAGUAACUGUGGGAAUGUUGUGUCUAACAUGUUUUACUGGACGACCCAGGAGUCUGUUUGAUUCAGCGUUUCAUUGGAAAACUGGUGUGUGUGUUGCAGGGACGAGACUUCGAGAGAGCUGGAACGGGCCAGCCAGGCUCUUUGGACACCUGUCAUUCCAUCGUUGCUUUACUGCUUCCUGUCCUGUGGUAUUCACAAGACUCCCUGCUGGAUCUGUGAAAGCUUUACCAGAAGCCUGAGAUAUGGACUGACACAUAAACACUCUGACAGAAAACAAAACAGAUCUGAUACAAAAAAGACAGCAGAAUGGAAGAAAAGGACAUCUUUAUGCACUUCAAAUCUGUAUGAAAUCCAAUAACUCAAAUACCAAAAAGACAAAGUAUUUUGAUUGACACAUAUUGAGAAUUGUCACAGGAUCCUGGCUUUUCAUUUUUGGACCAUACAAAACACUCCGAAUCCAAGCCCAUUACCAAAGGAAUGACCUGAGGAUAUUCAUACCCUUUUCCUCUUCAGUGUGCAGGUGCUGCUGGUUAGGAUAUUUAGGGCGUGUAUUAUUCCACUUGGAGAAGGUCUGACUCUCUCUUUGACAAUAAUAUCCGACGACAUCCACCAUACAGGAGCAGAAAUGAAGUCAGUCUUCACUGAAAUUCCAUGCCGUAAUCGUCCCGUUCCUCGGAAGCCAAAGAAUUCAGACGGCAAAGCAGAGUUCGAAGGAUCUUUUGGACAUAUGCUUGUCAUUAUCCAUUGAGGAAAAGCUCUGAGUGAGUGUAAGGGAAAUCCACAAGGCAUAUAUCAGUCAUAGACUGGUGGAACAUUUGCCCUCACACAUCCUUUUUCAAAACAUGAAUUUGUGUUGCUGAGUUAUGCCUGAAACCGGCCUGAGACAGAGAGGGGAUAUCAGCACUUCAUCAGCACCACAAGAAAACUUUCUGUAAAAGAGUUUCAUCAGUGCUGGAUCCAUCAUCAUGGGAUGAGAAUGGAUGAGCUGGUCAUUUUACUGCCACCUGGAGAUGCUCAAGAUGACUGCAAAGUGGACUGCCUAACUGACUAACUCAAACGGGUCUUUGGUGGUUUCUGGGGUAUUUUUAAAGAGAUGAGAGAUUUGUUUCGGAUAUACUCUCAACUACCACAACUGUGCCAGGAUUAUGGGCCUCUUUUAAGGUAGAUGCCGUAUCAGUUUUCACACCGGCUUCAGCCACGGGGCCCUCAUCAUACGGAUCGAUUUACCAGCCAGCAGAACUGGAUUCAUGCCGCACACAAGAAACCCAUGGCUCCAGACCUUGCAGACAGUUUAAUACCAUUAAUAAGAUCAUUUCCUCCUCUUCCAACCUCUCAUCAAUAAGCGUGAUAACAACCAUAUGACAUCAUUACAGAGUGGGCUCUUUUGAGGGAUACUGGACCACCAGAUGCAUACCUAAUAGCAUCUCUGCUGCUAGCCUCAUUAUGGGCGUUAUAGAGGAGACUGACGUAGAGCAGGUGACCCUGGCUCUUUUGGAUGCUGCCAACGACAGGGACCCAGUGGUGCAGGAACAGGUCAGGAAGUCCAUCUUGACACUGGGGAACCAGCAGCCUGAUAAAGUCCUGUCUAUGUGCCAGGACUACCUGCUCAAACAUCCCAAGCUGGUGGUCGGGCACAGAGUGGUGAUCUUGCAAACCAUUGAAUUGGUGGUGAAGAGCAGGAUUGAUGACAUCAGUUACCCCAAGAUCAAGAGUGUCAUACAGCUAGCAUCAGAAGAGAUGACCAAAUCAAAGGAAGUUGUCCCAGAAUGGCAGCAAUCAGCCAGUAAUAUUCUGGUUGCUGUGGGAAACAAAUAUAUUAAUGACAUCAUGGAGGAGAUACUCGGCAAGUUUCAGCCAGGAGUUUUGCCUCACUUUUUUGUGGUCCAAACACUAGCCAAUCUCUCUGACUCAAAUGUAUAUGGUAUGGUGCCUUUUCUCAAUGCUAUAAUGGGGACCAUGUUACCCAUGCUGGGCAUGACCAAACAAGACAACCUGAAAUGGGUCUUCUCGUCAGCUCUGUGCCGCUUCAGCGAGAGCAUUCUAGAAUACCUGGCCAACCUGGACAAAGCUCCGGACCCCACUGUGCGUAAAGACACCUUCUCUAGUGAGAUUUACUCAGCCUAUGACAUCCUGUUCAGCAGCUGGAUCCAGAGCAGAGAGUCCAAGCUGCGUCUGACUGUUGCAGAGGCUCUUGGGUCAAUGAGUCACCUGAUGGCACAUGAUAAACUGGAAGAACAGCUUCCCAAACUCCUUCCCACUAUACUGGGCCUCUACAAGAAGAAUUCAGAACACUACAUCAUCAGCAAGAGCUUGUGUCAGGUCUUAGAGGCCUCUGUGAAUAUGGGCAGCAGAGUGCUGGAGACACAGAUUGAUGGUCUCUUAGUUGCUCUGCACCAGCAGAUAUGCUCACCUAUGGAUUUCAGCAACCCUCCAACUGUGAAAAAUCACAACGAGGUCCUGCGAUGCUUUACUAUCCUUGCUAACACAUUCCCGGACCGUCUGAUGGUGUUUGUUCUCCAGAGGUUGGAGAACAGUAAUGAAAGGAACAGAAUGGGCUCGCUGGCUGUUCUUAGACACCUCAUCAACUCAUCCACCUCCAUUAUGGAAACCAAGAGGCUCCUAAUUUUAGCCAGCAUCAGGCAACCUCUGGCUGACCACAGUAAUAAGGUGAAGAAGAGAGUGGUGCAGGUGAUCAGUGCUAUGGCUCAUCAUGGUUACCUAGAGCUAGAGGGAGGAGACCUGCUUGUCCGUUUCAUCAUCCAGCACUGCGCUCUACCAGACACUUACCAUCGAGGACAGCGACCUCCAGACCCAGAGGAAGUGACUAAUGAGGCUCUGCGUAGCAUGUGUGAUAACACAUUGCAUCUUUUCACUACCACAGUGGGCCGCAUGACUGAUGUUCUGUGGCCGAUGUUGCUUUGCUACCUGACCCCAAAUCAGUACGCCAACGCUACUACUCCCUUGUGCAAGAGUUUAAUUCUGCUGGCCAACAAGAAACUAACAGCACAAGAACCCAACUUCAUCAUCGACUUCAACGCACAAGGCUCUAGUCUUCCCUCACAAUAUAUCCUGAUGAUAAGGCUCUUGGUGAAUGUUGCGUUCCCGUUUCGAUGCAGGGGACAUGGUGCUCCCUCUCUAAGUCUGCUCCACACUAUCAGCCCUAACAUUCACCCUAAAGCCGAGCCUCUGUGGGAUAACGAGAUUCCAAAGCUGGUCAAUUACCUUGAAGAAUCCACAGAAGAUUCUCUGGAUAAAAAGAAGUGGGAAGAAACUUUACUUCAGCUCCUGUCUAAAACUCUGGCAGCCAUUGAGGACAGCCAGUGGACUGGACAACUUGCAGUAGAAGCCACACGAUACCUUCCUACCUACAACAACGCUCUGGAGGAGAAGAGUUUUUUGUAUAGGUGUAUCGGUGUGAUUCUCCAGCAGUGCUAUAAUAAAGAGCUGGUCAGGAAACAGCUGCAGGAGAUGUUGAUCGGCACUCGUCACAAUGAUGCAAUCGAAAGAACGGGUGUUGCCAUGGGAAUCGGGCUGUGUGCCAGCAGUCAUCUAGAUGGCACUCUGGAAAAACUGGAGGAGUUUGGGAAGUCUGACGCCUUCAGGAAAGCCUCAGGGAUAUUUGGUCUUCUCAAAGAUAAAAGUGAUGUUGAUGUGGAGAAAAUGAAGAGCACUCUCAUUUUGUGUUAUGGCUAUGUUGCAUUGCAUGCUCCAGAAGAUAAGCUCCUUACUCGCAUCGAUAGUGACAUUCUCCACAACAUCUCCAAGAACUUCAACACCAAGGUUCUGGGAAUUAAAGUAGAGACCAAGGACCUGACCAUGAAGCUCAGUCUCAUUCAUAGUGUCGGACUCAUUGCCAAGGCCAUCAGCAAAAGUGUUCGUAAACACGGCUUCCUGUUCUCCCGCAAACAAGAGUUGAUGGGCGUUAUGAUGGAUUUCAUAAAAGCUGAACCAACAGAUGUCAUGCGGACCCCUGUUCGCUAUCUUGUAUUGACCACAUGUGCCAACCUCAUAAACUUAGAUCCUCCCUUAUCAGAAAAUGAAAACUUUGACUUGUUAAAAACAUGUUUGAAUGGAGUGUAUGGGCUUCCUACUGUGGACACUCCGGACAAGGCUAAAGAUGAAGAAGCCCUGGAUCCACAGCAAAGAGAGGUCUUAUAUUCAGAUACUUUUAACGCUCUUCAUGAAUUGCUGAGGAAUGUGUUAGCCAGAGACUUGAGUCCUGAUGGUCUGCAGUCUGUGUUCAAGCAUAUAGAAAGCUGGCUGAGCUCAGGACAAGACCAUGAGCGGGAGAGGGCGGUAAAGACCACAGCAGAGUUACUGCAGUUCUACUUGGACAAUCUCAGUGUGAAGAAUCUAGUGACAUUCCAUAAUUUGGGAGCUCUUGUGGGGCGUCUGGCCCCACGGUGCACAGACCCAAACCCUGAGGUGCGACGGGCAGCCAUAGACUGCGUCUAUAGACUAAUGUACAUUCAGCUGCGCUAUGAAGGCUUUUCACUGGACUACAAGGACGAUUCAGUUGAGUGUCUGUUAGAUGUUCGUGAGAAGCUAAGCAAUCCUGACCAUUCAGUCUUGUAUAAAACCUGCUCUGAGCUGACUAAGAUCAUCAGUAAGCGUUUGCCCCAGCAGCAGUUGAGCACCCUGUUGUUUAUGCUGUAUGAUGGUUUGGUGGACUGUCAGUCCAACUGUUCCAGAGCAUCCAGUGUGAUCCUCAACACCUUGCUGAAGAACAGAGGUGCUGGCCUGCAGGAUCUGGUGCCAGAGAUGCUUGAGGUGUUACACAACCGGCUGCAGGUGAUUGGUGAAGAGCAGGUAAAGGUGGCCAUCGGUCAGUCUAUCCUCAUCCUCGCUACACAGCAUCUGCACACAGUGGUCAACACACUCGUUGCCUACCCACUACCAUACGACAGCUGGAGCUGUGAGAUGUGGAUAGCUCUAGGAGCAGACAGCACUCUGGCCCUGCAAAUCAUGGAGAUGAUUAUCGAGAAGCUGAAUGUUAUGGUUCCCUAUGUAGAUAAGAAAGAGUCCAUGUUGAGACCCGGUUUGACCAAAGUUGCCACAAGCCAACCACUGGCUAUGACCUGUGCCCUGCGUGAGAUGAUGCUGAAUGGCCAGUCAGCUGAUGCCGUGGCGUAUAUAUUUCCAAAGCUCUUCAGUGCUCUUCUGGUGCGCUUGGGCUCCAGCGUGGGAGUUCAGCUACCUAAAGAUCUCAACAGCAACAGCAUAAUUUCAGACCGCAAAGCAACCAACAAAAUUAAUGUGGCCAAUUUUGAUGUGUGUGGGGUGGCAGUGGAGGCCCUGCGGAUCCUGCUGGGUCGAGCUCAGCUGGACGCUGUCGUGAAACCAUUAGAUCAGGAGGGAGCAUGGGACAAGAUGAAGGACCCGCAGCAGCACACAACAGGAGUCACUCUGCUCUCCAGAGCAAUGGCAAAGCAUGCUGGUCCAAGACUCCCUGCCAUUGUGGAAAGUCUGUGUCCUUCUCUCUGUAAUAUUUAUGAGUGCCAGAGGAUCACAGUCACAGCAUUCUUCUCUGAGUUGCUGAACCACCACGUAGUGACUGAACUGAUGAUUUUGGACAUGUUGAUGAACAACAUGAUGGAAAGAAUAACUGACGCCUGUGGAACGGUUCGCAUGCUGGCGGUCCGAGGCCUGGGGAACAUUGCUGUGGGCUCACCUGAAAAGGUGAAUAAAUAUGCAAAGGAGCUUUUAGCAGCCAUGAGUUCAGGUAUGGAAGAAAAGGAUGAUCCAGGGAAACUCAUCACACUGGAGGCCAUGUCUGGAAUGUCCAAGAUAUUGCUUUACCUGGACCAAAAGAAUGUCCACCUGCUUGUGGUUUACAUCUUCAUGAAGAUUAAACCCUUUCUAGAGAAUGAGAACGAUGAGAUCCGAUGUGCUUCCAUCAUGCUCCUGGGGAACCUGUCGAAGUUUGGCUCGGGUGAGCCUAUUUUUAAAGACCAGAUCCACAAUGUUCUUGUCAGCUUGCUGUUGCAUCUCAGUGAUCCCGACCCUCAAGUGGUCAAGGCAUGCAAGUACGCCAUGCGCAUAUGUGCUCCGGUCGUAGGUUCAGAACAGAUCUCUGCCAUGUUCCAGAAUCAUCUUCUUGAGGAGAAGGGUCUGCAUUAUGGAGAGUUCAUUAAUGACCUCACCAAAUACCUAAUCCAGGAUUUUCCAGGCAUGCUGAACUUCUACCACAUCACAGUCAUUCAGUUCUUCAAGAGUAACUGGGCUGAGAUCAGAGCCAGUGCUGCCAUGUUUAUUGGGUUUUUGCUCGGGAACCUUCCUGAUGAGCAUUUCUCCCAUAUGAAUAUGGGGUCAGUGACCAAGGGUCUGGUGAUGCUGCUGCAGGAUCCAGAUCCUCUCGUGCGAGUGAAAGCCGCUGAAGCCAUGGGUCAUUUUCACUGAUGUUACCUUCACUCAGUAGCCAAUCAGAUUACUCUUCAAUUUUAAGUUUGUUGCUUUGGAUAAGGAGGAAGCUUUGAAUUGUUGUUCUAUAAUAAGCCUUGAAAGGUUUUUAUUAUUGACCAAAGAUUGUGCACUAGUUCUGUAAGAAAAGAGAAGAAUAAAAAGGAGAAGACAUUUAUUGACAUUACAGCACUUUUAAGUACUCUGAUAUAAGGUGUGUGAUUUUUAGCCCGGGUUUUUCACCAGCGGUGGUUUCUAAUGUGAGGUACGUACCUGCGAGCCCUUUAAAAACUAGACUUACGCGAGUACACUGAUAUUGCUGAUAUUACUUGCUUGACCAUUCCUCUAGCACGCUAAAUGCGUAACACCACUUUAAAGCAUUAAAUCAUUAAAAACGUAUGUAGGAUGAAUCAAUAUGUUUUAAAGCAACAUCAACACUGCAAGGUUUUUCUGGUAAUAAAAUCAGAUGUACUGCUUCGUUAAGAGUUUAAUCCUAUUAAAAAAAAAUAAAAAAAAGACGGUUGAGUCAUAUUGACCACCAUAAACCUUCAGCAAUAAAUCACCCUAAUAGGGAUGUGCAUUAGCAUAAGCUGCUAAGCCAUUAACUGCAACUGAAAUCUCCUGUACUGAAAUCCACAAUCAAAACUGAUAUUUAAGUAAGCAUUUAUAGUGUUUUUGCUUUGACUUCUGUGGUUCUGAUUGUAUCUCAUGCACUACAGUGGAAUAAACUCAAUUGUGCUUCCUUCUCGACCGAGUCAUAAAAGUAGACAAAAACAGUGCCAAAACAUAGGUUUAUAAAAGAUAAAUUGUACUCGAAUAGAUGUUAAAAGAUUUCUGACAUGUUUCAUACUCAUUUUGUGAAGCGUCUGUGUAGCUGAAACGCCAGUGCUGGCCUUUCUAUGGCACUUGUCUUGUUCCGUUUUGUAAAUUGUAUCUGUGAAAUGGAUGUUAAUUCACAAAGUGUGGCCACUGUUUCAGAGUUUGAGCAUGAAGAGUAUUGAAUGAAUUAAAGUCAAUUCAUGAUGUUUCAUCUUAAUAAAUAGGACAAAAGUGAUGAUGGAAAGGUAAAUCAACUGCUUUUACAAAAUUGGUACCUGGUAUAGUGUCAUUUACAGUAGCAGUAGUUGAACGUAUAUGAACAAAUCUAUCAGAUUAAGAGAAUUCUGAUUCUCUAUGAGAUACUAUGUAAACACAAAAUCACAAAUUAAACAGUUGAUGUAGUGGGUAUAUUUCAAUGUAAAUGGCCUAACAAAGUCUUCAUUCUUUCAGCUUUUUAAUAUUUAAUGAAUCUUGGCAUUAAAGAAUUAGGGAGCAAACUGCAUGGGAGUGACUCCCAGUGAGAAAUAGUGAAAUAUCAUUAUAUUUUGUCUUAGUAUUUACACUACUGUUCAAAGGUUUGGGGUCAUUAGGUCUUUUAUUAUUAUUAUUUUAAAAGAAAUUAAUACCGAACAGGGAUGCAUUAAAUAUAUCACAAUAGAAAAAUAGUUAUUUUAAACUACAAAAAUAUUUCACAACAUUGCUGUUUUUGGUCAUAGUGUCUCAAGAAUAAGAAACGUUUCAAAAACAUUAAAAAAAAAAAUCUUACCGACCCCAGACUUUUGAACAUAAUAGAUCUAUCUAUAAAUUGUUUUCUGCAAAACAGUGGCUCCAGUUUGGCGUAUGAAGAAGAGCUGGAGCUCUGGGUUUAGAAAGUGGAAAAAAACAACAACAACAUUACAACUCCUUUGUUGCUCAGGGUGUUGAAUAUGUAUUAGCACAAGUCAAUCAAAUUAAAAUGUUUACUAAGGACACAGACCAUUAAUCUAAAUACUUUAGAAUUUAGCAAUUAGUGGCAGUUAUUCCAUUUGGUCAGGAAGCCAGUGUGAUAAUGAUAUUGGAGUUCAUUCCUGGAGAAGUCAGAAAGAUUGUGUUUGUGUCUAGGAUGGAUUUCAGAGCAAUCAAACUGCCACUGAAGGUUUCUUCUGGGCAAUCAUGGUAUUGGGCGUGGUGUUAUGUUUGCAUUUUCUCAUUAAUUUGUUUUUGUAUGUCUUUUGUUUCCUUUUUCAACAAAAUUGUUUUGUAUCAUGUAAUAGAGGUGAUCUUUGGAUGAUGGAGAUGAGAAUAUGUACAACUGAAUCAUUAAAGUUACUAUACAUGACA